AUGUCUAGUGUGGCCCCUUCUGCCCUGAGACAGGCAUCCCGAGCCUAUGCGCGUCGUUUAUCGUCAACGCAGCGUCCCUCCCUGUUCUCUCGGAGACUGAUUGCCACCCCUAGCUACAGGACUUACGUCUCCGAGACCAAGGUUGGAAAUGCUCAGGUCACCAUUGACACUGCUAUUAAGCAGGAACAGAAGGCUUUUGGGGAGCAGACCGGUGUCUCCCCUAAGAAAGUAGAGCUCCCUGGCGCUGGCAUCCCCGGAGAUGCGGCGAUGAGCCCGGCUGCCGGAAUCCUCAAGCAAGCUACAAUUAUGGACCAAGGGACACGUCCCAUCUAUCUCGAUGCACAGGCCACUACCCCGACCGACCCCCGCGUGCUGGAUGCAAUGCUUCCGUUCCUUACCGGCAUCUACGGCAACCCCCACUCGAGGACUCACGCAUACGGUUGGGAAUCAGAGAAAGCUGUCGAGCAGGCCCGAGAAUAUGUCGCCAAGUUGAUCGGAGCGGAUGCGAAGGAAAUCAUUUUCACGAGCGGUGCUACAGAGAGUAACAAUAUGAGCAUUAAGGGCGUGGCUAGGUUUUUCGGCCGGUCGGGCAAGAAGAAGCACAUCAUCACCAGUCAGACAGAGCACAAGUGUGUCCUGGAUAGCUGCCGACAUCUUCAGGAUGAAGGAUUCGAGGUCACCUAUCUGCCUGUGCAGAGCAAUGGUUUGAUCCGAAUGGAAGACCUUGAAGCAGCCAUGCGCCCUGAUACCGCUAUUGUUAGUAUUAUGGCUGUGAACAACGAGAUCGGUGUCAUCCAGCCUCUGGAAGAGAUUGGAAAGCUCUGCCGCUCCAAGAAGGUCUUUUUCCACACCGAUGCGGCCCAGGCCGUGGGUAAGAUUUCGCUUGAUGUCAACAAGCUGAACAUUGAUUUGAUGUCCAUCUCUGGUCAUAAGAUUUACGGUCCUAAGGGAAUUGGCGCCUGCUAUGUCCGCCGUCGACCUAGGGUUCGUCUUGACCCCCUCAUCACUGGAGGUGGCCAAGAGAGAGGCUUGCGCAGUGGCACUCUGGCUCCUCAUCUGAUAGUUGGAUUUGGUGAGGCUUGCCGUAUUGCUGCUCAAGAUAUGGAGUACGAUUCCAAGCACAUUUCUCGGCUCUCGAAGCGUUUGACAGAUGGACUUCUAGCCAUGGAGCAUACCACCCUGAAUGGAGACCCCGACCGCCACUAUCCCGGCUGCGUCAAUGUCUCUUUUGCCUACGUGGAAGGCGAGUCCCUUCUGAUGGCUCUGAAGGAUAUUGCGCUUUCGUCCGGUAGCGCCUGUACCUCUGCAUCCCUGGAACCCAGCUACGUUCUUCGGGCUCUAGGUAGCAGCGAUGAGAGUGCUCAUAGUAGUAUUCGAUUUGGAAUUGGCCGAUUCACCACAGAGGCCGAAGUUGACUAUGUGCUGAAGGCGGUGACAGACCGGGUGCAUUUCCUGCGGGAGCUGAGCCCGUUGUGGGAGUUGGUGCAGGAGGGUAUUGACCUGAACACUAUUGAGUGGAGCCAGCAUUAA